AGCUCCUGCAUUUGUACGCUCAAAAAAUGGCUUGUCUUUUGUCUAUUUAAGACGGCACACAGUCGCUCCAGCGCACUACACUGUGUUUAAUGAAUAAAAUGUGAUUGACACGAGCGCAACGUGCACACCACAAGCGAAGCGCAGUACGCAUACCGAAUUCGGUCAAAGACUGCAAGAACACUCAACGAAGGCGUGAGCAGGGGGAAGGGAGCUCGGUAAUUCACACUAGAGCCCAAGCGUCUCGAACACCGAUUCCUCGCAAAAGUUGAUUCCUCCAAUCUGCGAGACAAUGAGGCCGGUGCGUGAGGGAGAGUUGACGAAAACCGUCUACACUCACAUACACGAGCAGCAAUAUGAGGACGCAAUACGAGUGCUGAACGAACAGAAUGCUACCAAGUCACGAGCAGCAGCGAGCUUGCUCGCAUACUGCUACUAUCAUAUUCAGGUAUUUUUGCACCUUCUUACAAGUCCUUCUUGUGGACGAUAUUGAUUGACAUUUACUAAGUGAUAUCACUUUUCAUUCUUGUUUUCUUGAUGAGGCCUACACCGUGCUACUAAUCUUGAAGGCCCGACUCAUUUACUGCGCAUCAGGACUUUGCGACUGCAGCCGGGUAUUAUCAGCAGCUAGCGGGCAUGUGUCCUGGGGUAGAAGAGUACCGAGUCUACUGGAUUCAGUCAUUGGUAAAAGCUGGGAUGUAUGAAGAGGCUGGCACUCAGCUGCUACAUCGCGGAGACAGCGAUGACCCUGAGUUGCACACACACUUGCAGCAUCUUCAGGCAGCGAUCCACUACGAGAAGGAGGAGCUCCAAUUAGCAAAAAACACCCUGGCGCAGCCAACCGCAGACACAGAUCCGGAGCAGAAGGCGGUGCUACAAUUAUUUCUUGUCGGGGACGUAUCUUGUAAUGUACCUAUCCAAAAGAGAAAGAUGUUUGCCCAAAGAUCUUUGUAGUGUUUUCACAAGAUGGAUGCUGUCUCUGUUGCUUCACCUCUCUUUUGUAUAUACCUACGCACUUCUUUUUCCAGAUAUUCGAAGCGUCUUUGUUGUGGAAAGAAAACCGGUUUGCGGAAGCACUCAAGGCCUAUCAAGAAGCGCAGGGAACUCUCGGCUUCGUUGCCUGCCUCGCCUACAGUAUGGCUUCAGCGUACUCGGCGUGCUUCUCCCCAUUUAGUAUCUAUUAUCACGGUCAGUGUGAAAGUGAAUCCCACCCCUAGUGUUAUACCUCUAAUCCGCACAUCGCGUUGUGCUUCUACGCUAUGAAACAAUACGGGCCAGCGCUUAAACAGCUAGCAGAGAUAAUCGAAAAGGCAGUGAGGGAUCAUCCUGAGCUUUCCGUAGGCAGUGACGCGCAAACGCGGAGUGUCGGGAAUAGCUCGGUUUUGAGGGAGUCUGCGCUUGUGGAGGCGUUCAAUCUCAAGGCGGCUAUCGAGUAUCAAAUGUAAGGCAUACUUACUUCAGAGGAUGAACUUCACUAGGUGAAUUAGGUGAGUUUAGUCUUAGUUAUCAAGGUCACCAACACAAACAGUAAUGUUGUGUGCUUGACGGACACGAAAGAUAUAAUUUGCAACCUCCCAACGCAAGAGAGAGCUUGCCAUCAACCAAUACCUGCCUCUAACUACCGGAGAACAAGGAAGCCGCAAGAGACGCGCUGCAAGAUAUGCCUCCACGAGACGAGAGCGAACUCGACCAGGUAACGCUGCAUAAUCUGGCCCUAAUGCGAGACAUGGAAGAGAAACCUAGCGAGGGCUUCCGAAAACUCAACUUUUUGCUCCAGCAGAGACCCAGUCCUCCUGAAACUUUCGUCAACCUUCUGCUCCUUUAUUGCAUUAUGGACGAGAACAUUCGUAGUUGGGAGUUUACUUCCAUCUGCACGCGCUUUUUCAUGUGGAGUUGUUCAAAAGCAGAUGCGGUUUCGAGUAAUCAUACGUAGUGUCUCCUCAUGCAAAAUGUCAUCCCCCUCUGCUUUCGCCCUCCCACCCUCGUCCUCUUUCAUCUUCGAGUACAACUACUACGACCUCGCUGCCGACAUAUUAGCGGAAAACAGCGACUUAACGUACAAAUAUUUGCAGCCAGGUGAGUAUGAGUUCCUAGAUGCGUUAAUACUGGCCCAGUCCGCACCAGAAGACGCUUUCAAGAGAUUCGAUGAACUUGCGGCCAAACACGUAGAUGCUUUGAGGCGAGGGACUAAAAACAUCCAGGACGCAAGGAGGCAGAGGGAUCAGCCGCUUGUCAAAAAGCAUCUAGCAGAGUUCGAUGAGGCUCUUGGUACGUUUCGAUUUUUGGCUAGAUAUCGAAGUCCGCGUCCGUUGACCUUCAUCUAGAGCCACAGCAUCAUGGGUACACUGGUACGCAUCAUUCAAACAAAAAUUGAAAUCGAUUUUCCCCAUACCUAUUAUUUCCAGGCAAGUACAUCCCUGUACUUAUGGGCCAAGCGAAGAUAUACUGGGACAUGGAGCGAUACGGCGAUGUCGAGAAGCUUUUUAGGCAAAGUGCGGAGUACUGCUCUGACGACGAGUCUUGGAAACUUAACGUUGCACACGUCUUUUUCAUGCAGGAAAAGUUCAAGGAUAGCAUCCGCUACUACGAACCAUUCGUUUAUGGCAAUGAAAAGUGUAUUGUUCUUUGAAGCUUCCCAUAGUAGUAAAUUCAUCAGGGUCACCUCUAGAGUUCGAUGCUGCACCCACACUUUUCCACAAAUAGUACUUCGCCAGCCUUCACCAUCUAAUCCCUACGAAAGCACCAGGACAAUCUGCUUUCUGUGACUGCAAUCAUUCUGGCGAACUUGUGCGUCGCCUACGUGAUGACUAGCGCAAACGAGGAAGCCGAGGAGCUCAUGCGUCUCGUGGAAAAGGAGGAGGAGCUCAAGUUAUGAUCAGAGCUUAGCCUUUUGCAUUUUCCUUGAGUGCCCCGCCGAGUACUAGAUGAUAAACUUCAGCAAUCCAUAGUCCUCGUUACCUACCAGAAUUAACUUAAAAAUGCUGACACCUCAUGCCUUUCCCACUUUCAAAACAAGACGCAUCCAAGCCGGUGUACCACCUGUGCAUCAUCAACUUGGUCAUUGGAACGCUUUACUGCGCCAAGGGCAAUUUCGAGUUCGGAAUUUCUCGGAUAAUCAAAUCCCUGGAACCGCACGAGCGAAAGCUGGGCGUCGACACUUGGUAUUGUGCUUCGGUCUGUUUUUGCCUUUUCUGCAGCCAUUGAUCAUCAUUCUGUACGCAUAUAAACUACUGUUCCCUCUUCCGGCACCACACACACACACACAGGAGGUGCUACAACGUAAGUAACAUCAUUCAUGAUCUUUCUCUAUAGGUACUACGCGAAGAGGUGUUUCUUGGCGCUGGGUGAGACACUCGGCAAGAAUAUGAUCUUGCUGAAGGACGAGGCGUUUGACGAUAUCUUGACGUUUUUCGACCAGGCCUCGCUUGUCGGGAAGAACAUUCAGGCCAGUCUCAAUCACCUAGACCAGGAUGACAGCACCAAAACGGUGGGUCGCGAGGCAAGGCUUCUCAAAAAAUUCUUCUUGAAAAUCACGCAAGAUAACUAAACAGAAAAGUCGCCUAGUUUUACGUCACCACGAGUAUGCUGUACUAGAUGUUGUGACUUGUGGGUGAUAGUUUUGUAAUUUCUUCCGGUUUCUGGUUAAGUAACUUCAAUUGAUUCCUUCCGAUUCUUCUCAAUCUUUAGUUUGAUUACUUCACGCGAUCGCGCCAGACGUACUUGGUUAUAAAUACUCGUAAGAAUGGGACUACUCCCGCCAAGACAGGGACCAAAAUCCUUCUAGCAAUGUCCGGA